AAGAUACCGUCUCUCUCUCUCUCUCACUCACACACACACACAGACACACACACACACAUCCGACCACAGCCGCGCCCGGAUCGCGUCCUACUGCACAGCGCUCUCCCUGCUUUCCUGCUUAUAGCAUGGCCAGUUCGAGUAAAGCGACUUUAAUCUUGCUCAUCUACGGAAUCUUAAUGCACUACAGCGUCUUCUGCACUCCUAUCGGACUAAGUUACCCUAAGAUUAGACUUGAAAACGACGCCUUCGAUGAGGACGGCAAUUCAUUAUCCGACAUGGGCUUUGAUAGCGAUCAGAUUGCUAUACGAAGCCCACCGUCCUUAAACGACGACGCGUACACCCUCUACUACCCGCCAGAGAAGAGAUCAGAAAGGCAUGCUGAGGAAGAAUUAGAUAGAGCCUUGAGGGAGAUCCUGGGUCAGUUAACAGCGAGACAUUAUCUGCAUUCUCUGAUGACAAUUCGUGCAGGUGAGGACAACAGCAUGGAGGACGAGUCAGAGCCCUUAUCCAAAAGACAUUCAGAUGGGAUCUUCACCGACAGCUACAGUCGCUAUAGAAAGCAGAUGGCCGUGCAGAAAUACCUGGCAGCGGUUCUGGGAAGAAGGUACAGACAGAGAGUUAGGAACAAAGGACGCCGACUUGCCUAUUUGUAG